CUCCGCACUUGUCACGGCGGUGCCUCCCCGCGGCCUUCGGCAUUUGGCCGAAACCAAUGCUUCGGUCUCUCCGGCCGGGGCCGGGGUCCGGCUCGGGCCCGGCCGCCUCCACCACGUCUCCGCGGGGCAAGCUCUGCGCUGCGGCCGAGGCUGCCUCGGGCCGGGAGGCAGUUGGCGGCGCCGAAGGCUGCCAGGGGUGCGGAUGAGAGACAGGCCUGCAGCCCUGCGCCACGGGCCAGGCCUUUGGCCCAGGCCCUGGCUACACGCUCUGUAUGCUCUGCGAUUCACUGGGAACUUAUGCCUAGCUCUGGUGCUGUAGCAAUGAUUUCCUCCUCGGAGCUGCUGGCUGGAGAAGAUGAAGUGGAGUCUUGUGUAUUAAAAUUUCCAGAUCUGGAUCUGAAAGAAUCUGUUCCUCUCACAUCCAAACCUAGGCUGAAAGUGGAAUUAGAUGCCAGUGUGAGAAAGAAGUAUGCAUUUGCAAAGAAGAAGGCAUUUGCCCUCUUUGUUAAAACGAAGGAAGUGCCAGCCACAGCUAACUGCCCUUCGACCAUCUGCGGGGAGGGAGCAUGGUGGAAAUGCUGCAGGCAAAUGUUCAAAGACCUCUCCAGCAUUCACAGACACAUAGCUACGCAGCAUGUCAGUGACAUCAGGCAACAAACAGGUUUGAUUUUAAAGCAGUUGGCUGCUGAAGCUAGCACCUCAAGUAACCCAGCUUCUGUGGACAAGGCCAUUAGGCUAAACGGUCCCACUUGUAACAGCCCUGAGAUAUCUGUUAGGCUCCCAGACACAAGCCACAUUAGCUUUGAUGAACUAACAAGUGACGUGGGAGAGGUGCUGUUAUAUUACUGCUACUGUGAAGUGAAAGACCCAGAGAGGCUUUGUAUUUGGCAGAAGGCUCUGUGCCAACACUUGCAUAUCACUGGCAAGGUGCGGAUUGCUUCAGAAGGAAUUAAUGGGACAGUUGGCGGAAGCAAAGCAGCUACAUGUCUUUAUAUAGAAGCAGUGCUUUCCCAUCCUCUGUUCAGAAACAUUUUGUGUAGAGAGGAUUUCAAGAGCAGUGCAGGAGGAGCACACUGUUUCCCAGGCCUUCGAGUAGAUGUGUUUGAAGAGAUUGUACCCAUGGGCAUUGAUCCAAACAAAGUCUCCUACAAAGAAACUGGAAUCCAUAUGUCACCUCAGGAAUUUCAUAAAGAAGUGGAAAAAUAUUUAUCUCAGGCUAAUCAAGCACAAAGUGACACCAUUUUACUGGAUUGUAGGAACUUCUAUGAAAGCAAAAUAGGACGCUUCCAGGGUUCCCUGGCUCCUGAUAUCAGGAAGUUCAGCUACUUCCCCAACUAUGUGGACAAAAAUCUAGAGCUGUUUAAAAACAAGCGAGUACUUAUGUACUGCACUGGAGGGAUUCGCUGUGAAAGGGGCUCUGCCUACCUCCGGACUAAGGCCAUGUGCACGGCAGUUUACCAGCUAAAGGGCGGCAUCCACAAGUACUUGGAAGAAUUUCCAGAUGGGUUCUACAGGGGGAAGCUGUUUGUAUUUGAUGAACGUUACGCUCUCUCUUCCAACAAAGAUGUUAUUUCAGCAUGCAGGUACUGCGGGGCAUUGUGGGACCAGUACAGACUUUGCUCCAGCCAGCACUGCCGGCAGCUUGUCUUGACAUGCUUGAGCUGUCGAGAGAAAGGCUUCACAGCUUGUUGUUCUGUUUGUCAAGAGAAAGGGCUUCAGCUGGCUUCACGGUCUUCUAGCCCAGUGCUCAAGGAAGAAUGUGAAUGUACAGACCGACGGCAGCAGCAUAGGUGUUCUCCAGGGAGCAAAGGAGGCACAAAUGGAGUCUGGGUCAGCUGCUGUGACCUACAUGGCAUGUGCCAUGUUUGUGUUCCUCCUCCCAGAGGAUCAGGAACACUUCAUCUGCAUCAAGUGUAAGCUGGUGUCUGCCCUGGAGGAAAAGAUUCAAAGGUUGGAGGCAUGGGUAUCCAUACUGCACUGCAUCAGGGACCAGGAAAAUUAUUUGGACAAGAAUUAUGAGAAGAUGAUACUGGGGUGGCCAAAGGGCAAUGAGGAGAAGUGGCAGCAUGUGAUGACGCAAAGUAGGAGGAUCCCCAGAAUUGAAGAGCAGUGGAUUGAAGUCAGCAAAAGCUUACAGGAACUCUGUGGUGGAACUGCUGAGAAAAAGGCAGAGGACAGGACAUCUGACGGCAUGAGGCAAAGUAGGCAGCAACCUAGAGAGCAGGAAGUACAGGUCCCCAAGGACAGGGGCUCCAGGACCACUGUAUUAAGGCAGAGAAGAGUGGUGGUGGUUAUUGAUUCUCUUCUGCAGGGGACAGAGGCACCGAUUUGUUGUCCACAUUUGGGGUUGAAGGAAGUUUGCUGCCUGCCUGGAGCCCAAAUUCAGGACAUUGCAGAGGGCAUCCAUACAUGGAAUGGAAGGAUGAGCAGGUCACCAAAGAAGCAUACCAGGAAAUAGCAAGAACCUACACAGACAAAACGAGGAAGGCAAAAAUAAAGGAUGAGCUGUACCUAGCAAAGGAGAUUAAGAACAAGAAGAGUAUGUUGGCCAGAAAAGAAGGCCCAAGGAAGCUGUGUGUUCCUCUUGCUAACAAGGCAGGAGGAACUCCUAACAGAAAAUGCAAAGGAGGUGGAGCUACUCAAGAGCUACUUUGCCUCACACUUCACAAAAACAUUAAGCUGCUGUCAGGCGCAUAAUAAGUAUUAUCUGGAUAGGGAAAGGGGUAAGUUGAAGGAAGAGAUAACAAAAGAGGCAGAGAGAUUUUGUGGGGUCUGAAUGACUUCAAGUCAGCAGGGGUGGAAGGACUUCAUCCUAGGGUACUGAAGGAACUGUCAAAGAAAAUUUUCAUGAAGUUGUGGGAGAUGGGUCAGGUAACAGAGUACUGGAAAAGGGCCAACAUAGUACCCCUCUUUAAAAAAAAGGCAAAAAUGAGAGAACAUAGGGAACUACAGACUGGUUCACCCCACCUCAGUACCUGGGAAUUUACUGGAGCAUAUCUUAAGGAAGGCCAUUUGUAAGAAGGAAAGGUUUAUCAACAAGAAGCCAGCAUGGAUUUAUGAAAAACAAAUCAUGGCAAACUUGAUCUCCUUCUUUGACAAAUUAACUACUGUGGUGGAUGAAGGGAAUGCUGUGGAUAUAGUGUAUCUGGACUUGAGAGUUUUUUUACAAGGUCCUGCAUAACUGUCUCAUAAACAAAUUGGAGAAAUGUGAGCUGGACGCUGUAACAGAGAGCCCAGGGCUCCCUGUUCCUUUAAGAGAAGAAGCAGCCUAGCCAGGGAGCACUACAGGGCACCACAGCUGUAGGCCACCAGGGCAAUAGGCUAAUGGGGUAAUUAGCAAGCACCUCCAGGCAGUCAGCUGACCAGAUGUAGGCAGAGUCCUGGGAACAUAUGAGCUGCAGGCUGGGGUUGGCAAGGGAGUCUCUCCUUAGCAGCCACAGGGGUAGGAGCUCCUACCCAGGAGAACCACCCAGAGAUGUUGGGCCAAUCGCUUCACUGCCUGCAGGAAAAUGGGGCUCAGGGAGCUCACCAGGAGCCCAGAAUACUGUGUUAGGAAGGGGCAGAGGGCUUGUGUUUGUUGUGUUUAUACUGGCAGUUUGGGUUGGGACAGUAGGGGAGAUUUAGGGAGAUCCCAUUAGUGCCUGAUAGGCACGCAAUAGCUUUGAGGCCUACCAGGGGCAGGCUCAAGCUGUUACUGAGCCCAGAGUGGGCAGAGAGUACGAGGCAGCAGUGAGACAGGCCAGGGCCCUGAUGCCAGAGGGACACAGACACACAGGGGCCAGGGGCCCAACAACCCAAAAAGACAAGAAGGAGCUAGUGCCUCAGAGCCAGGUCCAAUUCAGUGGGCCCAGGCUAGAAGGCUUAGAGAGAUUAAAGGGGCAGAGGCUGAAGAGGCUGAAGCCCCGACAGAGGGAACAAUGGUACAGUAACACUUGUGAGGCAUGGGGCGUGGUGUAGGGGAGGAUUUGGAGUCAUGCAAUUAGCCCUUAAGGCUUUCGGUGCCCUGCCAGGCAUAGUUGACUACAGAGGCCCAGUGAGGGGCCUGGGACUAUAGAGGCCCAGUGAGGGGCCGAGGAUCAGUGAGGACUAGUAGGGUGCUGGGGACCUUAGCGUGGGUUCAGUGGAACCGAGGCCAUGCAAAGGUCCAUGGGCAGCCUCCCAAUUUAUCAUCAUUCCAUCAAGGCAUGGCAGGUGAGACAGGAAGGCACCCAAGGAGCGGAGCAUGGUCACAGAGCCUUCAGGGGACAUCACAGCCACCCCUGGGGCCCCAAUGUGUUACAAACAUAACUAAUAUAAGGUGGAUAGAUAAUUGGCUCAAUAGCUAGAAGCAAAGGGUAGUUAUUAAUGGGUCCAUGUCAGAAUUGAAGGAAGUUUCAAGUAGAGUGCUAUAGGGUCUGUCCUAGGCCCAGACCUGUUCAAUGUGUUUAUUAAUGAUUUGGAUGCUGGCAUAAAAAGCUUCUUGAACAAGUCUGCAGACAAUACAAAGCUGAGAAGGACUGUGAACAUGUUGGAGGAUGUCAAUUCAAAAGAAUCUUGACAGAUUGGAAAGUUGUGCUAGAGCUGGAGGAUGAAGUUUGAUGCAGAAAAGUACAAUCUGCUACAAUUCAAGGAAAAAUAAUCAAAACCACAAAUAUAAAAUGGGUGACACCUGGCUGGAUGGAAGCUGUAUCGUAAAGGACCUGGUAGAUCACCGACUGCAGUGUGAUGCCACUACACAAAAGAUGAAUGUGGUUUUGGGAUGCAAGACAUUAGGUGCAAGACAUGGAAGGUGAUAGUGUCUCUCGAUUUGGCAUUGGUUAGACCUCAUCUGGCAUACUGUGUGGAGUUCAAGGGCUCCACAUUUUAAAAAGGAUACGGAGAAGUUAAGAGAUGGUCCAGAGGCGGGCAACAAAGAUGAUAAAGGGUUUGGAAAGCAAGUCCUAUGAAGAUGCUGAGGGACUUGGGUAUAUUCAGCUUCUGGAAAGGGUGCUUAAGAAGGGGACAUGAAACCAGUCUUCAAAUACUUGAGGGACUGCUAUAAAGAAGAGGGAAAGUGCCUUUUCUCUCUUGCUGCGGAGAGCAGGAUGCAGACCAGUGUCUUGGAGUUGUAUCAAAGUAAGUUUAGAUUAGAUAUCCAGAAAAAGUCUUCACUGUUAGAAUAGUGAGGCAAUGGAAUAGACUCUCCAUCACUAGAGGUUCAAGAAGAGGCUGAACAGCCACUGGUCAAGGAUGAUGUAGACAUAGAAGGUGCCAAGUAACAUGGGGCCUCUGCAGGACACGGUAAGAAAUCUGGUCAUCUCACCUG